GUGGGAGAAGGAGGAAAGAAAAUGAAAAUGGUCGGGAGACCCAGCUCCUGAGUUGCCGACAUCAGGAAUCCUCCGUGGCGUGUCAUCGGUGUCACCUGGCUUCUGGUGCCCCCCCCCAACCCCCCCAUGGCAGACAGAGCUCACGCCCCUUCCCACCCCGCAGCUGGUCCAGGGUCCAGGCACCGCGUGGAUGGCGGCUCCUUAGGACGCAGGGACCGGGCCACAGCCCAUGCCUCGAGCAGACUGCAUUACGAGGCAUCUACCCUACUCCUGCCGGGACCAAGUGGUGUGGGGCUUCAGCCGUGGCUACAAGCAGCUGGGCAUCCCCCCACAGCUAAUUUUCCUAAACAAGGAGUAGUUAACGUGUUGCUAACAACUCCACUCUGGGUGGUAAACACCAGACUGAAGCUGCAAGGGGCAAAAUUCAGGAAUGAAGACAUUGUACCAACGAACUACAAAGGUAUCAUUGAUGCUUUUCAUCAGAUCAUUCGAGAUGAAGGAAUCUCGGCUUUAUGGAAUGGCACAUUUCCCUCAUUGCUGUUGGUCUUCAAUCCUGCCAUCCAGUUCAUGUUCUAUGAAGGUUUAAAACGGCAGCUUUUAAAGAAACGGAUGAAGCUUUCUUCCUUGGAUGUGUUCAUCAUUGGUGCAGUAGCCAAAGCGAUUGCCACCACGCUCACCUAUCCCAUGCAGACGGUACAGUCAAUUCUGAGGUUUGGGCGUCAUAGACUAAACCCAGAAAACAGAACAUUGGGAAGUCUUCGGAAUAUUCUCUAUCUUCUUCACCAACGAGUAAGGCGUUUUGGAAUACUGGGACUCUACAAAGGCCUGGAAGCCAAACUGCUGCAGACAGUCCUCACUGCUGCUCUCAUGUUCCUUGUUUAUGAGAAACUGACAGCUGCCACCUUCACAGUUAUGGGGCUAAAGCGUGCACACACACACUGAGAUGCCUUCCCAUGAAAAAUUCCGAAGAUGCUCAAGAGGGAGGUUUCCUCGUGAGUGAAGAGAAAUGAUUCUCCUUUGACUCUGGCUCCUCCCACCACAAAUGUUACCCUCUUUGGCUUGAAAAGCAUCCAAGGGUGUACAGGGAGUAUGGCAAACUGGACCUGUUGUCACCUUAAUUGUCAUGCUGACUGGUGGCAGUUGGACUAAUAUGAAAAAAACAUUGUUGAAAACCUAAAAAUGAAAGUUUGUGUUUAUUGGUUUUCUUAAGAGAAAUGGACUAUUUUGCUCUCAUGUGUAAUAUUUUCUAUUUAAAUUUUUCUUAAAUAUACCAGCUGUUUUCUUUCCCUGAACUCCCCCAGGUUCUAGGACAAAUUUAAUAACGUGUAAUUCUCCUCAAAUACUUUUGUAUGUCUCAGUGUUGGCGUUUUCCUCCCUAAAACUAACAUUAAGGCUGUGCCACGGGCAUGACUUGAUUUUUGUUGGGCUUUUGUUUUCCUGCUUAAGGAGAGGUGUCUUUUUAGGAUAUGAGUGAUUUAUUUUGCGAAAUGAAAAUUGUUCAUCCAAAACGAUUCUCUUAUAAACUAUUGGUAAAUGUCACUUAUUCAUUAGUGUUUGACAUAAUUUUUAGAAUAUUUAUUUUGAAUCAAUACUUUCAUUAUGAAAGACUUGAAGUUUUGUGUCCAUCCUUGCAAGCCCUGGUCAGUCAAGUCCCAAUAAAUGGUCAGCACAAAAAAGAUACUCUUGAAAAUUGCUCUUCAUUAAGGUAUUACGUUGAGUUUGCAACCAGAUGGGAAAAAUCACAAAAAUGAGAAGAGGGGGAGCAGGUAUCUUGUUGAGGUCUGGAAUAUUAUCUCCCGUUAUAAACUUGGUGUAGGCUGUAUAUUUUGAAAAUAAACAUCUGGUUGAGGUUAUUUCAUUUGGAAACCUUCCUUAGAGUCCUAUUGCUCAGUGUAGUCCAUCAGACAAUGACACUGCCGCGAGCUUGCUGGGCAUGCAACCCAGAGUUUCUGAAUCCUGCUCCGUAUUUUAACAUCCCUGGGGGAUUCUUAGCCACAUUAAAGGUCCAGAGACCAUAGGACCCCCUGACCCACCAGAAGUGAUUGGUUUCAAUUAUGGACAUAAAGAUAAAGAUUUUUCUCAAACGAAAGAGAUUAAUGUAUUCAAACAACCUCUGAAAAAUCUAGGAGUCCUAUGUCAUCUUUUGCUUUCUACUCACAGCACGUUGUUUAGGUGGUAGGGCUUUUAUUAUGUGGCUAGGAGUGGAUUUAGAUAUCUCGACCCACUCAAGAAGCAAAUUUUCUUGACAUUAGUAGAGCAGUUCUUUGGAUUUCUGUGACUUCGUGUUUGUCCCUAUAACAAAAUGGCAGGUUUUUGAUUUAUAAGUCCAUGAUUCAGUCAGAGAGAAUAAUAAUGAAAUACUUCAUUCUUUAGGAUUUAAUUCAAUUUUGAGAGUGGAAAUUUCCUUCUCUAAUUUCCUCUUUAGUCCCUGUGGUAAUUUCAAAGUAUAUGAUUGUUAAAGAUCAUCGUAUUGUUCUAGCAAACAAAAAUUAGCAGGAGCUAAUAAUCUGGGAAGAGGACUGAACAUUCAUCCCCUAUUUAAGUCAGAGAAUUGAAGACAGAAUUGUUUUUACUACUUUUUAAUUUUACUUUAAGGUUUUUAUGUGCCUGUGGCAGACCUUGAGUGGGAAGUACAACAUUAUUUUGAUUUCUGAAUAGGAGAAGAAUGAUCAUAAAGGUGCCAUGUGUGUUUUCAUUAUUGUUUUAAUUAUGCUGUUCCCUUUGGAACUUGAAUUUUGAGCUCAGAAUACUGCGAGUUGGUCUGUUAGGAUAAUUUCCAAUUCAAAUUAUAUAGCUCUAUUAGCUAUUUAUGAUGUGAGAAUGUGUUUGAUGCUUCUCUUUUUCUGAUUUUAUGAGGAAACAAUUUAACAUUGAGUUAUGUUCCUUAUGGAAAUUUAUAGACUCACCAGUUGAAACUAGUUAGUAACCCACCUAGUUUUGUAACCAUAAGUUGUUUGAGAAAACUGAAGAGCUGAAGUCUGUACUAGGGAAAAGGGAAUUUUUUAUUUUUGAUACUUUGUGCAGUUUCUCUAGAAUAUGAGAAUUAAGAACCUUAGGGAUUGUAUUAGUGUCACCGCAGUAGAAAAUUUAAUUUCUGUAAGUAUUUAAUGUGUGUUUUGAAGCGGGCACUGUCAUAUUUCUACCCUUGUCUGUUCUACAGUUAAGUAAGAAAUGCAGAAAUAGAUCUGUCAUAAGAACAUAUUCAAUGGGAGUUAGAAAUCUUGGGUUUUAUUCCCAUCUCUGUUGCUGACUAGCAUUUUACGCCAUCUCUUUGUAAUUUGCUGUUUGAUAAGUGGAGAUAAUACUCUCCACUUCAGAGGACGUUUGAGAGCUAAUGAUGUCAGCCAAAUCCCUUGGUGACUGUGGAAUAGGGAAGAUCUGAGUGAAACUUUAGACAGUACCUAGAUUUAUAUAGCAAUUUCCCUUUUGAAAGCUUAUAUACUUUCUCAUUUUAUAAUCCUAAUAUUUCUGUGAAAUAGGUAGGGACAAGUAACAAUAUCCCCAUUUAACUAGCAAGGAAAUUGAGAGAAAACUAUCAAACGACUUGCCUCUUUAGAAGCAGGACUAGAGUUUGAGUUUCCUGCAAUCUAGUGUAAUGAUUAAGAGAAUGGGUUCUGGAAUUAGAUAGACCUAGGUGCAAACUUGUCCUACUCCUUACCAGCUGUGGGAACUAAGCAGUUACUGAGCUUUUAUGAAACUUGGUUUCUUCAACUAUGAAAUGGAGAUCUUGAUAAACCUACCUCAUAGGGUGAUUGUGAGGAUUAAAUGAGAUCAUAUACGUAAGUCGCUUAGCACAGGGCUUGCCACAUGAGAGGAGCUAGAUAAAUGUUGGUGACAACUAUUAUGAUAUCAUUGUUACUGGUUAGGGAUAUGGCUAUUUGAAUAGAUGUAUCUGUGGUUUAGUGGAAGGCACUCUGGAUUUUGAGCCAGAUCUGGUUCCAGUUUUCAUUCCGUCACUUUAUUAGCAUUUGCAGCUACAGACAAAUCACUUGACCUUUUGAGCUUCCGGGUCUUCAUCUGUCAGGUAGAAAUGAUGACCUCUCAAAGCCGUUCUGAUGAUUAACAGCUGUAGAUACGGGAGAGCAUCUGGCACGGUACAGGGCAUAUCUAUGUGCUUAAUAAAAGCUGUUUGAACCAA